AUGCCGUUAGCUGCUCAGGGCGUAGAUCCAAACAGCAGGCUGCUGGAAGCCCAUAGCUUCGCGUGGCACCGCUGCGCCUACAACCUCCUUGUGAACACGUUCGACACCACGAUUCUCCACGCCUUCCACGGCAACAGUUGGUGGUACAAUAUCACGACGGACAUCCUUGUGUCCAACCACCUUCGCACUUUGAAAGAACCUGCUGGCUCUGGAGAUCACGGUCAGCAAGGAUCUGGAGACAAGAAAGGAGCAAGCUUUCUUUUGCUUCUCCUUCUUGGGUGCUGGGCAGCGGCCCAGAUCUUCUGGAACGAGCCCUUCGGCACGACCGGUUUCGAGCUCUUUAACGAGACCUCGGACCCCUUCGGCCCGGACGGCGGCUUCCUCUACGGCAAGACCAGGCGGCUGGAAAUCGUCGCAGAGCAGGCCUUCUGCGAUAGCCGAGCCCGGCGGUCCCUACAGAAGGACACAAGGCGAACCUGCUUCCUUGACUUUGUCGGGCACCUGGACUUCUUCGGCUGCUCGAUUCUGUUCACCAGUGGCGAGCUGAUCUUGGACGGCGACCUGUUUCUGGACGGCCUCUUUGGCGACUUCAUUGAACCGAUGUCUUCUUCGUCAACGAAUCCGAACAGCUCAGGUAUCCCCCUCCAGGAGUUUCGUCGAGACUGUCCUCCCGGGUGGUCGCCAGGACUGCCUGACUACCCGUUGCGGUUGUUUUUCGACAAAUUAAAGCUUUGGUAUCAAAUAUUUGAUGGCGCGGACGAGCUGGUAGGCCCCUUGGUGGCUGGACGACUCCAAGGCAAAGCACAACGUCUGGCACUUCAACUUCGGUUACCACGACCGGAUGGAGGAGUGGACGUCGGAUCGGACGCCUUGGUCCGGUUGUCGGUCGACGAGGUCAGAGAUCCUACCAACCCGGCCAUCAUCCUGCAGAACUCGAUACCAAGUGGGAUUCAAUCGCUGUGCAACUCGCUCAGAGACGCCUUCGGCUUUUCGGACCAGGAGCUGGUGUCAAAGAGCAUAGAGGACUUCAUGGAGUUCCGCCGCGGCCGGAUGGCUUUCUCCGAGUUCAGCAUCGAGUUCGACAUGCGGCUGGAGGAGGCCACGACGAGGGCUGGCUUCGAGAUCAAUGACGUGGCCAAGUUUUACCUCUUCUUCAAGGCCGCGCAACUUCCGGUGAAGCUGGUGGAUGACAUUAAGUUGCAGAUCCAAGGAGAUCUCCGGCGAUUUCAGGAAGCACGAGCCCUUGCUCUUCGACUGGUGCACCGAGCUCAGGAGAAUCACGACUCCUACUUCAUGGGCGACGAAGAGGAUGAAUGGGAAGACUCCUGGGACGACGCCUGGUAUGGAGAGUCCUACUGGCAGGAUGAUUUCGAGCACUGGCCAGACGAGUGGCCGGAAGAAUCGGAGGCUUGGGAGCCUUCGUGGUACGAAGAGGAGUACUACGGUGAGGAGGAGUACUACGACGCGGAGUCUCGAGAGGCCUUUCCCAUGCGCAAAGGAAAGGGCCGCAGCUGUUCCACCGGCGGAUCGAGAUGGCGUUCCUCUUCCAACUGCUCUGUGAACACCGGCAAGGGCAAGAGCAAUUCGAAAGGUUCGCCCGGUUAUGCCGGCGGCAAAGGCGGCUUCGGCAACAAGGGCGGCUAUGGCAAGGGUUAUGGCAAGCCCCGAUCUCCGAAAGGUGGAUAUGGAAAAGGAAGAGGCAAGAAGGGCAAGAGCAAGUGGACUCCUUACCGUGGCUAUGGAAAAGGCUAUGGUAAGAAAGGCGGCUCGGGCUACGGCGGUGGCAACUAUUUCGGCUUCAGUGACAAGCAGCUGAACGAUAGUUUCCACGGGCCACCUCCGCGCUCUUCCCCCUUGAAAAAGAAGCACGUUCGCUUUGAGGACGAGGAUCUAAACACGGUUCUGCACCUCAACCGUCCAAAGGCUUCUAUGACCACGGAUGCCUCCACUUCGGUUCAGGAACCACCUUCGGAAGAUCAAGCUGCUGCCUCUGCUGUCGAGAAGCGCCUCGAUUUCUCCUUUGCCCUCGGCAUCUUCUCUUCCCUGGAGAACUAUCACACGGUGAAGGGCGACAAGAGGCGUGGUCUUUUGGUAGAUCCUGGUGCUGCUUCGGGAUUGGUUGGAUCCGAGACCCUCCGAGAUCUUCUGAGUGUUCUUCCUCCUGAGAAGCAGCAAGCAGUCUCGUGGGAUCACAAGAAGCAGCACAACGUGAGUGGAAUCUCGGGCAACCCCGAGAGCACGAUGGGUGAGGUCACGAUUCCUCUCACUCUGUCGGGGGCGCAUGGCGCUUAUCGCGCUGACGUGCUGGGAGGCGAUGGGUCACUGUGUCCGGCCUUGCUUGGAAACCCUGCGCUUCGUUGGCAACGAGCUGCCAUCCUGACGGACUACUUCGAAAACGGUGAUGGCGUGCUGGUGGUGCAAAAGCCUGAUCAAGAGAGGCACUACCUGCGCAUUCUGUUGACUGACUCAGGACAUUAUCUUCUUCCUGUGGAUGAACACUGCGACGUGACAGAGCAGGAUGCAACGAAGGUUGGCGAGCAGCUCGGCAUGUUCGCUUCGGCAAUUCGGGCGAAAUGGAAUGAUGUCCGACACUGCUUCCUACAACACUCAUCCUGCUCGGCUCCGGAACGUGAGCGGUGUGAACACCAAAGAAAGGAAGGGCAAGGCACCUCAGACAACAGUCCAUCGACCUUCUCCUCGACUACCUCAUCUACAAGAGCAACCUCUUGUGAACUGCAAGCCCGAAAGGCUGGCGAUGAAAACACCACAUUCACGACCACUGAGGUUCUGAUAACCACAGCUAGCGAAACCACAUGUACCACCGCUGAGGAAGGCGUGACUACAGCUAUCGAGGGUCAAGCAGGGGACCAGAUUCCCGUAGGCCGGGAGUUGACGUUAGAAGUCAACUCCUCAGGCAACAGUUCAGCGACCUUCUCCACGACUACCUCUGGGCUUAGACAACUUAGCUAUGAUCACUGCAAGCCGUUUCUGGAGGAUCCAUCUGAUAGACGAAGUAGACUGGCAAGUGACUCGUGGGCGAUAGAGGAGCAUUACUUGGUCAGACAUCAUCGCGUACCACGACGAGUCCUGUUCACCCUGAAUGGCGCGCCUGACCUUCCUGUGGACGAGCUUCUCCUCACUGGCGAGCGAGUCAUUCCAGCAGAACAGCUGGCAACCACGUCUCCUACUGGCGAGGACUUCGACUUGUUCCCUCCGUAUGCCGGAGACAGCUUCCCUGACCAUUGGCCCGUGGAACGGGUCAAGAGAGCCAAGCAGUACUAUCGAGCCAUGCCAGAGGAGUUCUACAGCCAAUCAGGCCGACGGCCGAUUACCCCACGCAACUUUUCAGCGUGGAUGCAGAAAUCCCGCGGCCGCAGUUUGCGCCUGCAGUUCCAAGAGUUGUGCUCUGGCAGUGGAAGGUUGUCCUUGCUUCUUCUGGCUGCGGGCUUCGCAGUGGCUUUUCCCGUGGACUACCGGAGUUCCAAACUGCGCAUCUCUUUGGGGCACCUUCGUGUGGACCUUGGUCGGUGUCGUCAAGCACGAAAGAUGUUCAAGCUCGCGACCAUGAUCGACGUGCUGAAAUACCAACGCUGUCCUUCCUGCGCGCAGCGCAAUGAAGGGCGAGCGUUCACACUUGAACAACCUCUGGGGUCAGCAAUGCUCACAGACAGCCCAAUUGCUCGUCUCUUUGACCAUGAGGGCAUCGCAAAGCAGAGACUUGACCAGUGCAUGUUAGGCGCUCAAGAUGAAGCGCAACAACCUGUGCGAAAGGCGACUGCCUUCCUGAGCAACCGGCGAUGGCGUGGAAUCCUGAAGAGAUGUGGCGGUCACAAAGGCAAGCCACAUGGCAUUCUGCAAGGCCAAUUGCAUGGCAUCAAUCGCACGGCCAUGGCCGCGGUUUAUCCGCGAAAGCUGUGCAAGCUGUUUGCUCAGGACUUGGCGCGUAUCCUUCGCCAAGAUGGUGCCUUGGAAGAUCCGACUGGCCCCUUCAAGUUCCUUGCCCGUAGCGGGGACUAUUCCUCCGUGCGCUUGGAUGUUGAUGCGAGCAUUGAGCUUCUUCCCGAAUCACGGCUGUACUUGAAGGCGGCCCUCAUGCAGAUGGUGGAAGCUGGUCUGGGCAUCUUUGAGGAGGCCACGGCGAUCGACUACGACCACUGGGUGGACGACUUGGUCCUGCUUCAGGUGGUCAAAGAAGCCUUCGCACCUCACUUCAAUGUCUUGGCCAUCAUGCUGUCUUUGCGUCCGUGGAGCCAGCGCACGCCAGAUCCUGAUCUGUCUUCGGAGUGUGCGCCUCUGCGGCUUCUCAAUGAGGGCGAUGAUGCGGAUUGGCAUGUCCAUCUUUUCGGUCAUUGGCACAAUGAUCCGGACGUCGAUCGUGCCGGGCUCGGUCCUCUGCUGCUUCCAGGCCUGCUGCUCCUUACGUUCCGUCCGAAAGAGAAAAUGGUGGGGAGGUAUCUUCUUCUUCACGGUGACCCUCGGAACCAUCCGCGCCGUCAGCGCUGCCUCCAGCACAACCACCUCGUUCCUCGGCGCCUGCGCCACCACAACAACCACAACCUGAAGAACGAGCAGAAGGUGCUGAGGAAGAAGAGUUUAAAGCGGUUCGGCCGGAACCUGACGGACGAAGCAAAGCCUAUCAAGCCUCUGUACGACUUCCGGUUCUACCACGCUCCGAUCUCCGACUUCCGCAACAUGUUGAUCAGAGCUGGCCUGGAUGGAACAGUUCUGAAGUUAGCAGAGGAAGCGAUCAUGAAUUGCUCUAUCUGCAGGAAGCAUGUCCGACUUCCCCCCAGACCACAGGUGAAGAUUGGAUCGCAAGCGUCGAGCUUCAAUAGCCGAGUCCAGUGCGACCUCUUCCAGUACAAGGAGACCUGGGUGCUCAUGAUGGUGGACGAGGCGACUCGCUAUAAGGCAGGAAUGGCCGUGAGCUCUCGAGAACACAAUGAUCUCCUCCAACCAAUGCUGAAAUGGUGGUUCUCGAUUUACGGCCCUCCUUCUCAACUGGUGCUCGACCAAGAGUCUUCACUUAUGGGUCACCAGGCUGGAAAAGAAUUGGAGCGCUUUGGGAUCGAGCGAGUUCCUAAAGGAACGACCUCCGGACCGGCAGCCGCCCAACAUACCGGGACAGGACUUGCCGAAAGGCAUAUCAGACUUGUCGAAAUUACGAUGGCGAAGUUAGAGGCAGAGCUUGACAGGCAGGGCAUUUCCAUUGAGAUUGACGACUUGUGCAGGGAGUCCGCUUCAGCGCAAAACAUGACCCUCAACUAUGGGGGAGCAACCCCUGCCAUGUGCGUCUUCGGGGUUCUCCCAAGGCCCUAUUUUCAGGACGACACGGACUCCGUCACGGCCAUUACAGGUGCCUUACAAACGGAUGUAACACCCUUUGAACGAGCCAUUCGAGUUCGUCAACUGGCGCUGUCCAUGGUGCACAAGGCCAUUGCAGAGGACAGAGUGGCUCGUGCCAACCGAACACGACCUCAGGUACAGGGUGACAUUGGUUGGCGAGGACCUGCAGAGCUGCUUCGGAUAAGCCAGACGGAGGGUACGGCCAUCAUCUCUUACCAAGGCAGACCAUAUCUGGUGGCCCUCCGACGCAUCAGGCCACAUGCUGCAGGUGUGUUUGUGACUUUGAGCAACGAGCAGAAGAACGACUUCCAGUGGUUCAAGGACAUUGUGGAAAAGAUGGCCCCGUACAAGACGGUGACCGUUGGAUGGGUCCCUGAAUUUAAGAAUGGCUGCACCUCCUGGCGAAGGGCAUCCACUUCCUCCUUGGCCUAUGAAGAAGCAUGGGCCAAGCUGGUAUCCCUCGCCAAGGCCAUCUCCAACCGUAACGUUGGAGGAUUGAUCCUGGGGCAAGGCGUACGUACGUUGCAUCCACCUCGAGGCACCAUUGGCGUCCUGCUUCUUUGGAAAGCUGGCUCUGACAAGUACACCUGCCAUGAGCAUAACAACGAUGAUCCGAUCACCAUGAAAAAGAUCACCGCCGCCUCAGUGGACGAAGUGGCCUUCAUCUACCUCUACUUCGUCGUCGCGGUGUCCUACGAACCUGGACCGUCGUUGAAGAUUGUUCCCUCCGAAGGUGCUGUCGAUGAGGCUGUGCCCAUGCAAGUGGAUGAGCAGGCAGCCAGCACCAACAAAUCGGAUGAAGAGCCAAUGGAUGUCGACCGUGACCUGAAGCGGAAAGGACCGGACACCCGCACGGUUGGUCCUUGGCCCGGAAUCCAAGAAAGAGCGUCUGGGCACUUUCAUGGAGAUCUUCUCCUCGACGCGAGCUACGACUCGAACACAACACAACCUGAUCAACUUCUACUGGUUGAUGCUGCAGCGGCAACUCAUCAAGUGGGAGUUCCCCAUGACUUGGUGUCUCCAUGA